AUCAAGCUCGCCAAUUUUGGCAGAUGCACCGGUUGUCAGUUUUUGCAAUGAUUCAUUGAUUUAUGUCUUUGUUCUGAUUAUUUUUUCUACGAUGUAUCGUGCGUUGUAUGAUUAUAAAACUGACGUGAACAAGUAUUUGUCCUUUCAAACGGGCGAUCAGUUCACCGUGCUUGACACUUCUCAACAAGACUGGUACUUGGCACAAAAUGGUUUCGGAGAAGUCGGAUACAUUCCAAAAAACUAUGUGGUUAAGGACGUAGUAGAACUUGCUGAGAUCCUGAAAUCCAUUGAUAGGGCACUGGAGAUGAUACAUUAUGAAGCUAGUAGCAAAGGUGGUCAGUACACACACAUACAGAGAGAAAAUCUCAAAAAAUUAACAGAACACAGACAGAAUGUAUUGCAUAAUUCACAAGCUGGGCAUGAAGAGGUUGUGCAACCAAAACGUCAAUCAGUAAAAAGAUCUGCCCCUCCCCCACCCACCAGUGUGAAUGAAAUAAAAACCCAAGAAGGGGGACAACUCUUAAAUACUGAUGUAUCAGCAAGAGUUACAGAACAUGAACACAAAGAACAAACGAAUAAUUCUACCAAACACAAUACUUUCAGUCAUUUUGUAUCAACUAGUCAAAACUUAGAUACAGUCAAAGACAAUUUGGACAUGAAUGUGAAAUCUGCAGUGGACUCUAUUGACACUGCUACAAGUCCCUUUCCAUCACCCUCCAAACUGAAGACAGAUGGAAUAUUAUGUGGAGGUGGUAUGGUUGUAGAUGAAAAUGUGGAGAUCUCUGGACACCUAGGUAGCACUUUGAUUGAGGAAGUCAGGAAAAGUACAGGCAUUAGCUACAAGAAAUCUUGUGUAGCUGUUGAAACUGUGUUGAGAAUGAUUUCUGAACAUGUUCCAGAAAUUGCUUCAGUUAUCAACAGGAUUUAUAAAACAACUGAGGAGUCAGUGGUGAAGGCCGCAGUGUCUGCAGAGGAGGCCAGUUCUGACUAUGAGCACCUGUGUGAGCUGUUCUCCCAGCUGACAGCCUGUAAGGACGACUCCCAGCAGAGGAGCUGGGCCCUGCAUGAGGAUGAGGGCACCAUCUCGACAUGCCUGCUUGACAUGCUCUCAAUACUGGAGAAUGCCAAGCCUUCUGUGUCACUCAGAGCCCUGGCCUCUGAUAGCUAUGAAAACAUUCAUCAUUUAGUGCAAUAUUACCAAAUGGAGACCCGGUUAAAGCUGCGUCUGUUGCUGCUGCAAGUGUUUGGGGCCAUGUGCACGCUGGACAAGCAGGGCCCAGUGAUCACACUACUGCUGUGCUCUGUACUCACCACAGAGCUAGCCAAGGAACUACAGCUGAAUAUUGAAGACUGCCAGCGUAGCAGCUAUGUAGCGUUGCUGUUGUCCAUGAUAUUUUCAACAGGGGAACCAGUGCCAGCCAGCUUGCAUGAACACCUGAACUCAGAGUUUGUUCAGUUUCUUUUCAACAACAUUGAGAACCCUGCCUCAGGAGAGCACGAAGAUCAACUCAGUGAUUUGCUUGUAAAUCUUGUGCUAGCCUUCAACCUCCAUUUUCAUGUGCCCAGCAAAAACCUUGUCCUGCAGGUGAUGGAGGAAAAGAAGACUGUGAAAGUGUUCACAGAGAAAAUACUCCUGCUCUUUAAUAGAGAUGAGGACCCUGUGAGUCUGAGUGAGGACACAUCCAGCCCAUGUAACAGCGUGAUGAAGAUGUUGCAGGACAUGUACAGCCUGCCCGCCACCUCCUGUAUCCUGUACACCAACGACGCCAAGGUUCUCAUAGACAUCAUACUGAGACACGUCAUUGACCUGUCGCCCGGAGACCAGAAUCGAUCAGCCCACCUAAAGUUGAUGCGACUUUACCUUGAAAAUGCAGACUACUCCGAGACUCGACACAGGUAUUCAGAACUCAAAGAGUGUCUGCACAGAAUACACACGGAGGAAACAGAGAUGGAGGACGAUAAACAUACUGUGGAGUACAUUUUCAGGAAGCUCAACAUGUUAAAUGAUUAGUUUUGUGUGUGUGUGUGUUUUCAUUCCCCUGAAAGGGAAACAUAGUUAUGCACUGUCUGUCAGUUUGUCCGAAUUUUUGGUUUUUCGCUUUCUAACCAGUUUUAAACUUUCUUGAAAUGUUCAUGACCAUGGUAGCCAAGUUUAAUAACCUGGCAACUCUCUCCAGGCACAUCAGAGUUAGUGCUGUCUGUCUGUCCUGCUGUAUGUACGAAAGUUCCUGUCACAGCCAUAACUUUGCCAUAUAUUGAUGGGUUUCAAAAUAACUGAACAAAUGUGAACGACUUGUAUGUGUAAAACUUGCCCCCCUACACAACAGGUCACACUUAGAGGUCAAAUUUGGCCGUUAAACAGCCUGUCUUAUAGUUGCUUGUAUCACCCGUCUCUUUACCUCAAAGGUAAAGGUUACACUUAGUGGUCCAAAGUCAAAUAUGGCCAUAACCAGCUUGUUUUUGGCAGAUGUGAAGUUUUGAGACAAAAGAUAAAUGCACAGGCUGGCAAGGAGAUAAAUGCACAGGCUGGUAAGGAGAUAAAUGCACAGGCUGGUAAGGAGAUAAAUGCACAGGCUGGUAAGGAGAUAAACGCACAGGCUGGUAAGGAGAUAAAUGCACAGGCUGGUAAGGAGAUAAAUGCACAGGCUGGUCUAGAGCUACUUUGACCAAGGACAUCCAUGCUGUUUGGACACGUCUUGUUGUAUCUUUUUUUAAUAGGUUGUUUAAUGAUGUUUUUAGCGUUAAGUCAAAGAAGUGUGCUAGCAAUAAAAUUAUGUAUAAAUAUAUUUAUGUAUUUAAUAUCAUUCAUGAAUGCAUAGAAGUUACAGUAUUGUGUAUCCAGAGAUUUCAUUCAGAGGUAUUCCUGAAAUGCAAUCAGAAUAAACUUACUAAAACAUUUAUGUUAUUUACUCAUGUAAACAGAAAAGAAACUUGUUAAUAGGUAUGUUUGUAUCAAAACAGGUGCUUUAAUUGUAACAGAAUGUUUAAAGAUAAUUUUUAAACCAGUUAUUAGAAUUAAAACAUUUAAGCACCAAUAGCAUUCAAGAAAAGAAGUGAGCUUGGCUUAAAGAUUUUUAUACUUCCUUAUCAAGUAGGUUUGUGUCAUGGUACGGGUUACUAUUAUUAAAUUAUGCCUAAUAUCAUAAGGAACAAAUUGAGCUAUUGUGAUGUAACUUAUCUUUAUAUACCUUAUAUCAAGACCUCACGGCUAAUUAUUAGGUAUUUGGUGGGCAAGGUCAAGUGGGUUACUGUUAUUAAAUUAUGAACAUUAAGAACAAAUUGAGCUAUUGUGAUGAAAUGUAUCUUUUUUUUUUAAUUUUAUCUUUAUAUUCAAGGUCACCAGCAUUAAAAAUAUACAAAUGGAACAUGGUUAAACAGUUUGUGUUCAGUUAUUUAAGUGCACAUUACCCUUGUUAGUGAUACAGAAUUUUGUUUCAUACCUACAUGUUAAUACAUAUAAAGCAUUUCCACAUGGUGUAUUUAAGUACAUUUUGAAACAUUAUUGAAACAUGUUAUUAUGAUUAUAUUCAUAUAUGUCUUGUGUAUAAUCAGUUUUUUAACCUAGUAGCAGAUAAGCUUUUUGUAAACCCACUUGUUUUUUUCAUUUAAACAAAUUGUAGCACAUUAAAAAUGUCACUUAUUUUAAAGUUUUAUAUAAAAUUUCACCUCUUUGUGUUAUUGAACAUGAAUUUUUUUUUGUUUACAAAAAAAUCAAAAUAAUGUUUAAACAAUUCAAUAUGGAUUUUAAUCCUGCCCUAUAAAUCAUUGUUUCUUUUUAAAUUAAUGUAUUGUUCAGAUUAAGUUUUAAAGCAAUAACUUUUAAAUAAAGGCUUUUUUCACUUUUAAAUUCAGGCAUUGUGCACUAUAAAAUUAAGUUUGUUAAGUGUAACUGGUAUAGCUGCCUGACUGAAGCCCGAGUGCUCCGUCUCACUUACAUUUGUAUACCUUUAUGUGUCAAUAAUAAUAUGAUUGGAGCCUCGAUCUAGAAAAUCAAGCUACUUGCAUGUGAGUAAAGUUUAGUCCUAGAUAAGCCAGGGCAGUUUGCACAGGCUAAUCAGAGGAUUCUGCUUUAACAAAUAUUUUUUGAUUGAAGGGAGUCUCUUGUUAGCGAAAAUCCAGUUAAGGCAGAAAAUGUCCCUGAUUAGCCUGUUAUGACUGUUAAGGCUAAUCGGCCACAACACUGUACACAUCAAGCCCAAUUUUCUUGAGCAAGGCUUAUAUAUUUCAUAUAUCUUUCAUACAUUGUUGUUAGUUGGUGUUUUCCUUAACACUUUCUGAUACUUUUAUAAGUUACAGAAAAAUAGCUUUUGGUUGUGGUACAUUAUAAAACAAAUCGAUCACACUUAAAAUGUAUGUUUUUAAUAUGUUUUUUCUUCCAUUUGGUUAUAUUAUCACAGUUUAUUUAUCAUUCCACAUGCUUAAAAUAUUGCCUCAAUAAACCAACAAGUGUA